AUGCCGCUGUAUGGUCUGCCUGGCGUGCCAAGCGGCACCUGCACCGUGGCCGCGGGCGCUUCUGUGCUGCUCCGCACCUCGGGGCUGGCGCUGCUGCGAAGGACUAGACCAAGCAUCUCUGAAGAAGGGGAUGAGGACGAUGAACCAGAAGGUUGCCUUGACGAUGAAAGUGGAGGGAAUUUGCUGGGACUCCUUGGUGCUGUGCAGCUAUAUUUUGGCCUGGUGCUGGGCCAGCUGCCAUUCAUCCUUGGAGUCUCUACAGACAACGAGGGCAAGGUCGCUGCAUUGUUGGAGAACUGCCUGAUCCUCGGCUGCUGGUUGGUGGAGCGCUUCUGCCUUUCAGAUGCGCCGUUGCCAGCCAUUCAGAGCGCCAUUUGCAUAGUGAUCGGCCUUGCCUGCACCAUCAUUGAUUGGGCAGGGCCAACGCCCUAUGACGAUAUGCGCUUGGGAUUUGCCAGCCAAACAGCAGGCUGCGACGGUGGCUUCCGGUCACCCUUCGUUCUGUAUGUCAGCGCUUGGAUUACUGGGCUGGUCUUUGGCACCUUGCUGCUCUUUUUCGAGGAGGGUGCCAUCUUUUCCUGUGGCGAGAAACGGCGGUGGACAACCACUGGCCUUCCGAUUCGACAGAAAGCUUUGCCGGUGGUCUAUGGCUUGGCCACAUCAAUGUCCUGCGUCCUUUUUGCCACAGGUUCGGCCAGCAACGACAUGAGUUGGGUCACUGCCGGAGUUCUGCUUUUGGUGAUCUCAGUGGUGUGCACAUGGGAUUUUCUCUGGUGCUUGGACAUGAACCUGGCCACCUAUGGAGCCCUUUUCCAUGGAUUCGCUACGGGCUUGCGGGCCAUACAAAACCACGCAAUCUUCCGUGAUCUGCGCUGGGAUCCAGCGGAUGCUCAUGGGAUCUUGGUGGUGUACCAGUACCCCGGUCUCCAGAUCUUUAUGUUUGGGCUCUUUCUCAUGUUCUUGUCCCUCCAGUUUUACCUGUACACCUGCCACUGGAAAGAGUGGAAAAACCCAGUUUCUGACGAACCAGCUGGCUCUACACACGCCUAUGAUCUCUUAACCAUGCCUCACGAGAAGCACAAGGAGAAUAGGCGAAAUGCCUUUGAAUACAAUCUACAAGGCAGCGGUAGCCGUUGGUGGCAGUGGAUCCUGCUGCCCCUUUGCAUCACUUGCCAGAUCAUUGGCGUGCACGUCCCCUUGAUUUACACAGAGUGCGUGCUCCCAACAUUGACCUGGUUUCAUGAUGAUCCAGAUGGCUACAAGGUCUCUGAAGGAGAGUCAUACAUUGACGUCAUACGCUGGCUCUAUCAGAGGAAGUUGCCUUGCUCAGCUCUGGUUGCGGCAUACAAUGCCAUGCUGCUUCCGCCGCUGCAGUUUCUCAUGAUUUUUCUGAUUCUUCUGCAGCCGCGGUUUCUUCCAGCUGAGCUUUGCCGUUCUAUGCAGAAUUAUGUCAUGACCUUGGCACCCAUGCGCUUCACACAACCAUCCAUCAUGAUGUUGGUCGUGGGGGUAGCCAGCCUUCCCAUGGAGAAUCAGCACCCAGACAACAUACAGUAUGGUGGACACUUUACCAGUGGGUAUUGGUUCUUUUUGACCUACUGCAUCACCAACUUGAUCCUCGCAUGGUCCGUGCAGCCACCUGAGCUGCCUGACACCCACGAGGUCGCUCCCAAAAAGAUCCGACGAGAUCCAUUGCUUCAACUGGAGCUGAAGAAGCAUUGGCAGAUGGAGGAUUCCGAGGAGGAUUUCGAUGAGUCCCUGCAAGGCUCCAAGGCCUCCUUUGCUGUCACUGGUCCUUUGGCAGGAGGUGUGGCCAUUGCAACAACUUGCAUUUGGCUGGCUUUGACAAAUCCCUACCUGGAGUUCGAAUUCCGGAUAGCAGGUGUUGUGAUCCACAGAGUCACUCCAACUGUUCUGGAUCUGUGGUACAGCAUCGGCUCUGUAAACCGCUUUCUCAUGUGCUACUGCGUGGCAACGUUGAUUGUCUUCCCACUGCUUUGGCUGGUCUUGCUGUGUGUGCGCCUAGCCUCCAAGAGACCUGGGCUCGAGCCCAUGCUGCGGCCCUAUGUGAUGUGCCACAUUUGGGCAGCUUCUCUGGUGCUGAUAUACUACAUAGUGACAGCGCGGAACAAGAACGUCAUGGAGGUCUGUGCCAGCUUCCCCAGCGUGCCCAUUGCACCUGUUGCCAUAGUUUUCAUGGGCGCAGGCACCUUUGCACUGAUCCACAUGGCCAAAGCAUUGCGUCACGACCCGCCAGCCGAUACAGCGAGCAACAUGCAGCUGCCUAUUGGGGGCAAAGCACUGUGGAUGGGAGGGCCCGCCCUAACAGUACUGACGAUUGGUGGCUUGCUAUCGACUUGCGGACCUGUUCGGCCUCCCACCCUGCGUAGUCUGCAGGAUUUGAACGAACAGUUUGUUCAACUUGGGCCCAUCCUCAACGAACACCUGUACCAAGAUGUGAGCGAAUCCUUCGGUGACUGCAAAGCACUUUGGGAAUACAGAGUUGGUCAAGGAGAAGUUUCUGCUCAGAGCGUUUGGCAGAAAGAGACGUGCUCCGGCACCACUCCCUUGUUUCAGAAGGAAGUGACGAUGGGAACAGCACCGCAGAGGCAUCGCAUCAAGACGAUGGUGCUUUGGGCCAAGGGUGUCAACACCUUGGAGGUGGAGCGUGUUCGGGUCCAGCCACCACUGAACCCAUUGGUUGCCACACAAGAAUGGCACCUGAAUGCAUCGGCUGCUUUUGCUGACUUGCAUGUUUUCAUGAAGGUCUUCGUUGAUGACAAGGAGUGGUAUAGUGGCUACAUUUGCUGUAACCACCGCUUUCAUUUUGCCCUACAAGUGACUGCCCGAUGUCAACAACACAAGGGUUUCGAAGCCUUGGACAUGAAUUUGAUGCAGAUGGACCAGGUGACCUUGGCACAUGACGCCGCAGUGAUCCAUGGACCCGCCUGGGCAGCGGUGACCAGUGAUGUCGGGAGGCAAGAGAUGGUGAAACAGGUGAUGGAAGACUUCCUUUCUCUGCACACUGGUCAAGUUCUUUUGCAGAGCCUCAACCAAAAGGCAUCACAAGCCCGUCAGAUUGCUGGGGACGUACUUUCAGACGUCGUGCGCCUGAAUACAGGCCAAAUUUGUGUCACUGACCCUUGA